AUGUGGGGAUCCUGGGUCAAAUCCAGAUUCAUCAGGAUGAGCUUCCAGGCCCCACCCACACUCCUGAGCUUGGCAAUAGAGGGCCUAUUGAAGAAUGAAGCCUUGGCCAUCUCUGCUCUGCAGGAGCUGCCCAGGGACUUGUUCAAACCACUCUUCAAGGCAGCCUUCACCGGCAGACACACGAAGAUACUGAAGGAAAUGGUGGCAGCCUGGCCCCUUCCCUGCCUCCCUGUGGGGGCACUGAUGAAAUUUCCUGACAGGAUGAUGUUGCAAGCUGUGCUGGAUGGUGUGGACAUGCAUUUGGCAGGAAAUUUUCACCCAAGAAGGCAGAAGCUUAAACUGCUAGAGCUGAGGAAUGUGUACCAUGGCUUCUGGGACAUUUCAGUUGGACCAGAGGAUGGAGACCACAUAAAACAGACUGUACGUGAAAGGCGAAUACCAGCACGCCGUCAUAGAUAUUUCCUAAGGCAACGUUUGAAGGUGGUCACUGACCUUUGCCUUGAGCAGGAUCUGGAGGAACAUCAAACUUACUUCUUGCAGUGGGCACAGGAGAGAAGAGAUUCCCUGUGUCUGUGCUGUGUGAAGAUGAAGACUAGGGGAUUGUCUAUGUACACUGUCAGGAAGAUUUUGAAGAUGUUCCAGCCAGAUUACUUUGAGGAGUUGGAACUGAAUACAGAGUGGACUCUGCCCAUGUUGACAUGCUUCUCACCUUGCCUCGGUCAGAUGAAAAAUCUUCGUAGACUCCUUCUAACGCUAGUCAAUGAGAACCUCUUUGAGAUUCUAGCUACGUCAGCAGACACACAGGAGAAGAGAGUCACCAAGUUCAUUUCUCAGUUCUCCAAACUCCACCAUCUCCAGCAUCUCGACAUAGCUGGUGCCUACUUUCUCCAUGGCCACAUGAAUAAACUGCUCCAGUGUCUGAAGACCCCGUUGGAGUUCCUGUCUAUUUCUCUCUGUAAGUUCUCACAAUCAGACUUGGAGUCCUUUGCCCAGUGUCAGAGCCUCCAUCAUCUCAAACAUCUGCAUUUGGCAGGUGUCGUUUUGUAUGAUCUGAGUUUUGUGCCUCUCAGAGUUUUGCUAGACCAUGUCGCAGACACUCUGAAGACCCUGGAAUUUGAACAUUGUAGAAUGACAGACUCUCAGCUCAGUGUUCUCUUCCCUGCCCUGAGUCAGUGCUCUCAGCUCGUCGAGGUCAACUUCUAUGACAAUGACAUCUCCAUGACUGUUCUAAGGAAUCUUCUGCAUCGCACAGCCAACCUAAGCCAACUGAUCAUCGAGUGUUACCCUGCCCCUCUGGAGUGCUAUGAAGCUGAUUUUGUUGUCAAAGCAGAGAAAUUUGUCCAGUUUUCUUCUCAGCUCAUGAACGCACUUCGCACUGUAAGGCAGCCAGGGGCUGUCUCCUUUGCCUCUCAGAUUUGCCUUCAAUGUUUACAGCGCUGUAUCUAUGACCAGGAGACCAGACUUUGCCAUUGUUGGCAGUAA